UCGCAGUCAGCAUUUUGCACCUGGUAAAAAAUGUUGUGGUCUUUACCGAUUUGGCUUAACGUCGGCAUUUUUCUCUGGACAAUCGUGUUGGGAUUGUUGUACCGCUUUUUCACGAGCCACUUUGACCAUUGGCAGAAGAAAGGGGUCGUGUUCGAAAAAGGGCUGCCUUUUUUUGGUUCUCUUUACCCUUCCGUAACUCUGCAGAAGCCGCUCAUGCAACACUUGGAUGAUCUUUACAAGAAGUACGGGAGUGAAAGAUUCGUCGGGAUUUUUCAGGGGCGCCGGCCAGCCCUUUUAGUAAGAGACCCGCAGCUCAUUAAACACAUCACAGUCAAAGACUUCGGCAACUUUCACGACCACGGAUUCAGGAUCGACGAGGAGAUCGACCCUAUCCAAGGCAAAAACCUUUUUAACUUAGACGGAGAGCGAUGGAAAGAAAUGAGAGCAAAACUGACCCCAACUUUUACUUCCGGUAAAAUCAAAACGAUGACACCAAUGAUGCAAGAAGUGGCUACGACUUUGCAGGAACACCUGAGUGCCGUGACCAAAGGAUCGCGGCUUAUCGAGGCAAAGGAAGUUUUCGCACGUUAUUCGACAGAUGUGAUCAGCAGUUGCGUUUUUGGCAUUGAAUGCAACUCGAUCAACAACCCUAAAAACAAGAUGCGCACAAUGGGAGAAAAAAUAGCACAUGUUGAUUUUUGGCGGGCGAUCAAAAUUUUCACCGUCAUAAAUCUCCCUGAGAUUGCAGAUAGGUUAAAAUUCGUGAUUAUGGACAGCACGGUGACGGCAUUUUUCCGUAACUUAGUGAAGAAUUUGAUUGAAGCGAGGAGGAAAACAGGCGAAUCAAGGAAGGAUUUCAUUCAGCUGCUAAUUGAUUUAAAAGACAGAAGAAAACAGUCAAACGCCGAAAGUGUCUCAAAUCGACUGACCGACGACGACCUGAUGGCUCAAACGGCCGUGUUCUUCCUAGCCGGAUUUGAAACUUCCGCGUUGACUCUUUCCACCAUCUGUUAUGAACUGUCCCGCAAUUUGGAAAUCCAAAAUCGAGCGCAAAGUGAAAUCGACUUUAUAUUGGCCGGUUCUAAUGGGAAUCUUUCACAUGAAGCACUGAAAGAAAUGAAAUUGCGUUGUUCAAGUGGUUGGAUUUUAGAAGCUCUGCGAAAGUACCCACCAGCUGGCAACUUAAUGCGCGUCUGCACAGAGAAUUACAUAAUUCCUAACACAGAGGUUCUAGUUGAGAAAGGAACAAUGCUGCUGAUACCAAGCUACUCACUACAAAACGAUCCAAAGUACUUCCCAAACCCGGAAAUAUUUGAUCCUGAACGAUUUUGGGGUGAAAACUCGAAAGGCAAAAGUCAGUUUGUUCAUUUGCCGUUUGGAGAAGGACCAAGACAUUGCAUAGGACAGAGAUUUGCAUUUGUUCAAAUAAAAAUGGCACUUGCGAUAGUUUUGAGUAAAUUUAGGUUGACACUGAACGAGCUGACCAACCAACCUCUGCGGUUUGACCCGAAGACUCUGAUUUCAACGCCGCUGGGCGGCAUUUGGCUCAACAUUGAGGAAAGAAUUUGAAUAAGCUCA